AUAGUUGACACAUUUGGACAUCAAUGAGACGGACAUCAAUUGGUCUAAAGUGAAACUCAAUGGCUUUCGAUGGCUAGCCGUCCGACACAACUCGGCCGCCGGUGUCGGCGACGGCACCAGCGAGUCAUCGGUUCCGUCGACGCCGACCACAUCAGUGGCCAAUAGCCUGCCGUCUGAGGCCUAUUACCCGCAUCUGUUUAACGCCGCCUAUCGUAACCAUUCGUGCGAUGAUUUGCGUCAAUACAAUCACUCGAAUAACGGUUCCAACGAUGAGCGCCACACUAACGGCGCCGCCGGCGGUGGUGUUGCCGGUAGUGGUCGUCGAGAAACGAUGGAGACAUUGAUCACUUGUGUCAAUCCGUUCACUCAUCAGUUGUAUAACUGUCAGACCAGUUGCGACACAAAGUGCGCUCAGAUCAGCGCUGACAACGACAUGAUCGCCAUCUCCAACGACCGGUUCGUUGCCGUCUACUCAGUGCAGACCAAUCAGUGUCUCAAUACACUGGCUUUCAGUUCCGGGUGUCGGCACUGGCAAUGGAUUAGUCCACAUCUCAUCGCUAUAGUCACCGAUCGGGAAGUGUUUCACUGGAAUAUUGACUCUCCUUUUAAACCGGAGAUGAAGUUUAAGUUAGAGAAACGACUGCAAGACUAUCAGAUCACUGGCUAUAAGUGUGAUACGACAUGCGAUCUAUGGUUUGCCAUCACAUCCCUCUAUGUCGAUGACGAAGGGGAAGUGAAUGGUUGCGUACAAAUCCAUUCAAAACGGGACCAAUUGUCGCAAUGUAUUGAUAGCCAUGCCUUACAAUUAUGUCAAUACAAAUUUGCGGCAAAUGAGAAGCCGACAGAAGUGCUGUUGUCGGCCAAACGGCAUCAAAUGAAUGCGAUUAAGAUCUAUAUCAUAGAAUUGGGACCUAUUAUUGAGUGCAAUAAUUCGCUGAUAUCGCGCACAGAAGUGAUCCCACAGUUGGACACCGAACAGACCGCUCUGACCCCCGAUUUCCCGGUCUCUAUCGAGUGCAACGCCGAGUUAGGGCUGAUAUAUGUAUUUUCAAAAUACGGCGCCCUUUAUGUGUGCGAUAUAGAGACGGGUGCUCUCAUGACGACGGCCUUCAUCUCAGAGGCCGCUGUGUUCGCCACCGCCUAUGACUCGGAAUCGCAAACUCUGUUGGCUGUGAACCGUUGCGGACAACUGCUGGCCAUUGAAUUGUAUUUAACAUCGUUUGUAAGGCAUCUAAACUCGAUCUCCAAACAGGAAAUCGCACAACGAAUCCAAGCAUCGAUUGGCGACGACAACCAAAGUAUUGGCAAAUGCAGUGACGAAGACGACGACGAUUGUGAUGAAAUCACUAGACUUUGA